AUGCUGCAGCGAGUCCUGUGCAUUUGUCACUGGCUGCUGCUCGUCGCGAUUUUGCUGUCACAUUACGGUGACAAUAGCAUUGAAUCUUCCACCCAUCCUACUGGGUCUCAUGGACUUGCCCAAUGCGGUGGGUGGUUGUCCGGGGAGUCUGUGGUUGUUGGUCUUGGUUGCUUCUCGCUGGUGCAUAUCGUGGCAGCCUUUUACAUGGCAUACGCAGUGGAAAAGGACGAAUCCAUCUUGCCGUCGCGAGACGGAGAACACACGGCAUCAGGAGGAGCCAAUCGCAUGUGGAAAUUGUUUUGUUACGAUGGCUGGAUGGCCGCCUAUAUUUUGGUCGCGUGUGGAUACUUUGGAUGGCUCCUCUUGGGAGGCUUCUGGUAUGCGACAGGAAACGUGGACGACAAUGGAGCCUGUGAUGAAGGGAUCGGUGGAACUUUUGGAAUUGCCUAUGGAUUUGGAUGGGCCUUUCUCUUUUUGGGUGGAUGUGGAUUGGGCUGUUCCGUGUGUUGUGGACUCGUCAUGGAUCCUCCUGGUAGGUCUGAACCGCCACCUCCAGCCAUGCAACAACAGCCACCACAGCAAUACAGUACUACUGCUACACCUGCUGCUGCUAGUGCCAAGCCCACGGCAAGUGCCACAGUGCCCACGGCGAGUGCCACUGUGCCCAUGGACGCCGCAGGAAUUCCCGACAAUGACAAAACACAGGCGGCUCCUGCUUCCUCUGCUGGCCUGGGUGGACUCAUUUCGAGUUUUGUGCAAAGCGCUACAAAGCCUGCCAGCAAACCAAUGAUGGCAUCGUCAGAUCCAGUCGAAGUGGAAGCUGUGCCAGCAGCAAACCCGCAAUACAACAAGAAUGCUCCCAUGGCAUCCGCUGUUCCAUACUAACAAAUUGAAUUGUUCAUUCAACAGCAAAGACCACCUCCAGUUCAAUCAAUACCUGUAACAAUGAAAAGUAAGCCUUGCCAUCAUGACACGAGACGGCACACACAAACCGUGGCGAAAACUGCCACGCUUUUGGGAUCCUGUACCGGUACAAAAACUACAACAACGGAUCCGCAUUCUCCAGAGUGCAAUCAUACCACAGUAAUUUACAUUAGACACAAACUUCAUAAGGUCCUCCUUACAAAAUCACUCUGCCUGGCUCAUGCAGAUACGAAUGACUGCGAUACUAGUAGUUUACGUUUGGAAGUAAAA